CAGGUUCUGCAGCAGGUGGAGGGUACGGCACUGGUCAUCAUGGCGGAUGCGUUCAAGUACGACAGCUCCCUGGCGCAGGAGCUGCUCAAGGCGGUCCGCUCCUCCUGCCUGGCCCCCAGCCCCUUCUGCCUGCUGCUGCUGUUCAGCCUGGCGCGGCAGCACAAGCUGGAGGCGGAGGUGGUCAAGCUGCUCAAGGGUCUGGUGGUGGCAGCCUUCGAGUGGGACGCCACCCGGGCCGGUAGCGCCUGGCUGAGCGGGCUGCCGCAGCUGCCGCGGCCGGGCGGGCUGCAGCUGCGGGGGGCACUGCUGCGG